AUGAAGUAUUACUGUUUUGCACUUCUUUUCAUGAUUCUGAAUAUGGAGCUUCUAGCAAGCUACGGCUCAACACUGAAAGCGGGAAGAAUUCGAGGACGUAUGCCAGUGGACAGGAGGAAUAUCAGACCGAAUAUUAUUCUGGUUCUGACCGAUGACCAGGAUGUAGAGUUAGGUUCGUUGCAGGUGAUGAACAAGACCAGGAAAAUAAUGGAGGAAGGAGGUGCAAAUUUUAUAAAUGCCUUUGUGACCACUCCCAUGUGUUGUCCCUCACGCUCAUCUAUGCUGACUGGGAAAUAUGUCCACAACCACAAUAUUUAUACCAACAAUGAGAACUGUUCCUCUCCAUCUUGGCAAGCUAUACAUGAACCUCGUACAUUUGCAGUGUACCUCAAUAAUACAGGAUACAGGACAGCGUUUUUUGGAAAGUACCUCAAUGAAUACAAUGGAAGUUAUAUCCCCCCUGGAUGGAGAGAAUGGCUAGGACUAAUUAAGAACUCACGUUUCUAUAAUUAUACUAUCUGCAGGAAUGGAUACAAGGAAAAGCAUGGAUUUUGAUUAUGAGAAGGACUAUUUCACAGACCUUAUUACCAAUGACAGCAUUAAUUUCUUUAAACUGUCAAAGAAGAUGUACCCACAUCGGCCAAUAAUGAUGGUCGUCAGUCAUGCAGCACCACAUGGUCCUGAGGAUUCUGCACCACAGUUUUCAGAAUUCUUCCCUAAUGCUUCCCAGCAUAUAACUCCCAGCUACAAUUAUGCACCAAACAUGGACAAGCAUUGGAUCAUGCAGUACACAGGGGCCAUGUUACCUAUACAUAUGGAGUUUACAAAUGUGCUUCACAGGAAGAGGUUGCAGACACUUAUGUCUGUGGAUGAUUCAAUGGAAAAGAUGUACAACAUGCUGGUGGAAACAGGAGAAUUGGACAACACAUACAUAAUUUACACAGCAGACCAUGGCUACCAUAUAGGACAGUUCGGGCUGGUCAAAGGGAAGUCUAUGCCUUAUGAUUUUGAUAUCCGAGUCCCUUUCUUUGUACGUGGGCCGAACGUGGAGCACGGAUCAGUUGUGCCUCAGAUUGUUCUGAACUUGGAUAUUGCUCCAACUAUACUGGAUAUUGCUGGUUUGGAUACUCCUCCUGAUAUGGAUGGGAAGUCUGUUCUCCCUCUGAUGGAUAUUGAGAGACCGGGGAACAGAUUACGGACCAAUAAAAAAAACAAGAUCUGGAGAGAUACAUUCUUGGUGGAAAGAGGAAAAUUCAUCAGAAAAAAAGAGGAGCCAAACAAAAGUGCACCACAGUCUAACCAUUUGCCAAAAUAUGAGCGGGUGAAGGAGCUUUGCCAGCAAGCCAGAUACCAGACAGCUUGUGAACAGCCGGGACAGAAAUGGCAGUGCAUUGAAGAUGUGUCUGGUAAACUUCGGAUUCAUAAGUGUAAAGGAUCUGCAGAUGUUGUACCUCUGAAGAAAAGGGCAAGAAGUAUAAACUCGAAGGGCUAUGGGAGCAGAGAUUGUGUGUGUCCUGAAACAGACUACAGGCCACAUAGGAACCCCAGGAAAAGGCAGAGGAUUUUCUUAAGACCAGCCAAUGCUAAAAAAUUCAACCCCCGUUUUGUUCACACCAGACAAGUCCGCUCCCCUGGCUGUUGAGUUUGAAGGAGAAGUUUAUGACAUCAAUUUAGAAGAUGAAGAAAAUGUGGAGCCCCCACAGACAAGAGUCAUCGCCAAGAGACAUUACGCUUCUGAAGAAGAAGUGGGAGAGGAUAUUGAUGAUGAUGAAGAAGAGGAGGAUGAAACAUUUACUUCCCCUAAUGAGGAUGAUGAUGUAAUGUUGGCUGAUGGUGUGAUGGGGAUCAGUCACUCUGCAUCUGUUAAAGUCACGCAUAAGUGUUAUAUUCUAACCAAUGACACGGUGCACUGUGAGAGGGAAUUAUACCAUUCAAGCAAAGCCUGGAAGGACCACAAAGCUUAUAUUGACAAAGAGAUUGAAGCUCUACAAGACAAAAUUAAGAAUUUAAGAGAAGUAAGAGGACAUCUAAAAAGAAGGAAACCAGAUGAAUGUGACUGCAGCAAGCCUGGCUUUUACAAGAAAGAUAAAGGCGUGAAGGUUCAAGACAAGAUAAAGAGCCAUAUUCAUCCAUUCAAGGAAGGUGCUCAGGAGGUUGACAACAAGUUGCAGAUCUUUAAAGAGAACCGGAGAAGAAAGAAGGAGAAAAAGGAGAAGAAACGACAUAAGAAAGGAGAAGAAUGCAGUCUUCCUGGACUCACCUGCUUUACUCAUGACAACAACCACUGGCAGACGGCACCAUUCUGGAACUUGGGGUCUUUCUGUGCCUGUACUAGUUCCAAUAAUAACACAUACUGGUGUUUGAGAACAGUCAACGAGACCCACAAUUUUCUGUUUUGUGAAUUUGCCACGGGUUUCUUGGAGUACUUUGAUAUGAACCUCGAUCCCUACCAGCUCACACAAAUGCUGUACAUACUGUGGAGAGAGGAGUUUUGAAUCAGCUUCAUGUACAGCUGAUGGAGCUAAGAAGCUGUCAGGGUCACCGGCAGUGCAAUCCAAGGCCAAAAGGGUUAGAAACAGGAAGUAAAGAUGGACGAAACCUAUGAUCCACACAGGGGACAACUAUGGGAUGGAUGGGAAGGUUAA